AUGCUGAAGCAGAAACAGAACGUACGUCAGACCGGCACCAAGAUCAAGAUUGUGUAUGACCCGCGACAUCGUGGAGCGUCUACCUCACAGCAGAAUAGCUCCAUCGUUAGUAGCUGUGGUGCUGUUAUUCGAGACAAUUGUCCUUUUCAGUGGCAGUCUUGGGCAGAAAUUCCCGAGGACAAGAAGGAACUGGUGCGACACGAGUUGUCGUUCAUUUAUGAUCUUGAUGACGCAUCCCCCGAGGUCAUGGCCUACUUAGAGGGGACCUUAGCAAGCCGGUACAAAAAUUGGAAGCACAAUUUUCACAAUCAUUUUAAGUUAUGGGAUAAUCUGGAGAUUGCUCGCUUACAUGUUCCAAGCGAAUUGAAUGACCGGCCAGAGGAUUGGGAGUGGCUCUGCAAGCAUUUUACGGACCCAAACUUUGUGAAAUCUGUUGCUGGCCAGAUAGCUCGAGAGUCAAAGACACUUCUCCACCAUUCUGGUUCGAAGCCCUUUUCGUAUAGGCUUGAGGAACGACGUCAGGAGGGUUCUAAGUUCCCAGCGAUCGACAUGUUCAAGGACGUUUACGUUCGACCUGGUAAUGAAAUCGCUGGGCAGUUUUAUGUAAGAUACUAUGGUGGAAAAGAGCACUGCUGUUCUCCAAGAAGCAGCAGCAUCGCAGCUUCCCCCGGAGACUUCGAUCGAGGAUGUCAUGGUACCAGAGGAUGUAGGUUUUCAGAUCAUGACUGA